GACAAAAAAGCUCGAAAGCCUCCAAAGCCUGCUGUAAAACGUCCCGAGGCAAAGUUCUGUGAAGCUGAUGCACUUCAGAAAGCUGACCAUUACUUCAUGUCUGGACUACAGCAGCUGCAGCAGCACCCAAUCUGCCUUGGAGUCUACCCCACCGCGGUCUGCAUGCUGAGUCUAGUGGCGAGCUUGAUGGCCAAGACCAACACCGAAGCAUUGCAAGAUUUCUGCGCGGCUACAGUUAGCGGAUUGUGGUUCGUCAUAACAGCCGGAGAUUCUAAAUAUCUUAAACCAGAAGGCUAUGAGAUUCUUUGGCGAGCCUUUCACAAGUACAGACUGGAGGUAAACGAUAAGUGGAUAGAACUUUUGCAAGCCAUGGGACUGUACAGAGAGGGGCAGCAUGUCCACCUUGUUUGCCAAUUUCUAUUGCAGGCAGUUUUACAGGCUAUCAUUGAAGAUAGAAAUAAACAAGAUAAACCCAUUGACAACCAAGCUGAAACAAAGUCUGAGAGUUUAAGUCCUCAGGAGGAACAGGUUUUGAGAUAUGUAUCUGGAUAUAUUCCAUUUUCUCUGUUCAAAAACUUAAAUAAACAAAAGAAUGACACUGCUAUGACAUACUGUAAAUUCCUUAAAUCCUGGAAAGUAGACUGUAGUGAUGAAACUGCAAGGACAUUUUUCCAAUACACAAACGACUGGAUUGAUAAACAAAAUCGUGGUGGGUUAUUUCGUGUGUCUGAUGGGGUAUAUUUAUUGUUCCGAGCCAUGGAGCAGGAGACAUGCAAGUAUUUGACCAAGAAUAAUCUAAAAACAUUUCAAGGAUGUGAUAUUCAGAGCACGCUUUUGAACAAUAUUAAAGGUAGUCAUCGAGUACAAACCUACUGGUGUAGUCUAACACAAGGAAAGAUAACAGGGGACACUUCAACAAACUUACUGAACAUGACUGUGAAGAAGUGGAUAAAAAUCAGAGCAAAAGCUUUCAUCAAUGUGUAUUUAAACUUGAAGAAAGCAACACAUGGACAUGUUGGGAAAAAAGCAGAAAAAGCUCUGCGUAAGGAUCUGUAAAUUCUGAUACAUGUACAUCGUACUUUACAAGUAAAUCAAGUGUCUGGAUUCCAUAUCUCAAAACUGUAAUUGUAAGCAUGCUACCCAACAAGCUGAUACACCAGUUCACAAUAUGCAUUACUAUAUUCUAGGUGGCUUUUUGUUAUCAUUUAGUAUUAAAGGGAAUUUGGUGUACAAGUAGCAAUACUCGAAAGUUUUACAGAUAUGCAAUAACAUUUCAAUGCUGACAGCUGACAGCAUCGAAGUACAAGUGCUGUACAUAUUCAUUGUUAAUGUAAUUGUAUCGUUAAUACAUGUACAUGUAUACUAAUAAAGGUUUGAUCGCAAACAUGCCUUUGUAGAUGCAAUGUGACAUAUUUUUUCCUCCUUUAAUAUUCCCUGUACUUAAUACCCACAUUAUUAUUAUUAUUAUUACAUCUGUACAAUGUAUUUUGAAUGGUGCUUCUGUACAUUUUCGAUCCUUUUCAUUGCAGCGGCCAUCGUGUAAUUG